AUGGUUAUAAUUCAGCUCCUGUUGUUGCUGAGUUUCUUGGACCAAAGCAAGCAGGAUUAUCUGUCUCCGAGGCUUGCUAGGACUUCAGGGGCGCCUUGUGCCAUUGGCCAGGCGUGUGACCCAAGGCAGCGGAGAGAUGCUGGGGGACGCGGUGGAGUCUACGAGCACCUCGGAGGAGCACCAAGAUGCAGAAAACUUUACUGUGCAACUAAAUAUCAUUUGCAAAUACAUCCAAGUGGGAAAAUAGACGGUUCUCUUGAGGAAAACAACCAAUUAAGCAUCAUGGAGAUCACCGCAGUUGAUGUUGGAGUGGUAGCGAUAAAGGGGAUAUUUUCCGGGAGAUAUCUGGCCAUGAAUGAUAAAGGACGUCUAUACGCCUCGGAUGUGUUCAACCAGGAGUGUGAGUUCCUGGAGCGGAUUCAUGAGCUGGGCUACAACACCUAUGCUUCAAGACACCACUCCACCCUGCAGCCCCCUGCAGGGGGUGGCAGUGGCAAACGACGAGCCAGUGCCAAGAGGCAGUGGUAUGUGUCCAUCAAUGGGAAAGGCCGGCCAAGGAGGGGCUUUAAGACGCGCAGCACUGACAAAGCCUCCCUUUUCCUGCCUCGAGUGCUAGGCAAUAAGGACCAUGAGAUGGUGCGAAAGCUCCGUGACAGCCAGAGGCACCCAGCUGGACAGCAGAGUCCCCCCCCUAUGGGCCGGGCUGAGCACCGGAGACGGAGACACCGGGCCAGGGGAAGAAAGGGUAGAACCAAGAGGCCUGGUGACUGA